ACCAAGAAAAGCAGAUCUAAGCAAGCCAGAAAACCAUGGCUUCUGAUGCUAGUCACAUGCUUGAAGCUGCUCUAGAACAAAUGGAUGAUAUUAUUGCAGGUACUAAGGUGGCUGCAGAGUAUACAAAUGGUGUCUAUGAUAUUGUGUCACCUGCUCAGUCUAUGUACUUUGGCACAUUCCAAAUCCUGCACCUGUUAGAAGACUUGAAAAUGGCAUUAGAGAUGCUGAAGGAUCCUCAAGAGAGGGAAGCUUUAAGGAAUCAGAUUCCAGGGACUACUGUAGCAUGUAUACGUGCCUGGCUAGAGGAAAAUCUGUCUCAGGUGAAUCAUCCUACUGUCAGUAAUGAAACCUAUCAAGAACGCCUGUCAAGAUUAGAAGGUGACAAAGAAUCUCUCAUAUUGCAGGUGAGCGUUCUCACAGACCAGGUGGAGGCACAGGGAGAAAAAAUCCGAGACCUUGAAGUUUGUCUCGAAGGACACCAGCUGAAGCUUAAUGCUACGGAGGAAAUGCUUCAACAGGAGCUGCUGAGUCGAACAUUGCUGGAAACUCAGAAACUGGACCUAAUGGCAGAAGUUUCAGAUCUGAAGAUUAAGUUGGUUGGGAUGGAAAAGGAACAGAGCGAGUACGAAGAGAAGCAUAGCAAAGCGGAGAGUUUAUUGCAGGAACUGAAACAUCUAAAAAUUAAAGUUGAAGAACUCGAAAAUGAAAGGACUCAGUAUGAAUGGAAAUUGAAAGCAACCAAAGCUGAAAUAGCACAGCUGCAGGAACAGCUAGCUCUGAAAGACUCAGAGAUUGAGCGAUUACAAAGUCAGAUCUCAAGGACAUCAGUAAAUCAUGAAAUUGCAGAAAGAGAGGAAGUAUAUAGGCGAAGGCUAAAAGAAAAACAUCAAGAGGUCCAACGUUUGAAAAUGGGGAUGGAAUCGUUGUUUACUGCAAAUGAAGAAAAGGAUCGCCGAAUAGAAGAGUUAACCGUUUUGUUAAACCAGUACCGACGGGUGAAAGAGAUAAUGAUAGCGGUCCAAGGAACAUCGGAAAGAGCUUUGGCUGGUUGCAACGAAGAUGAUCUCGAGGCAACUUUAAGAAAGUGGAACCCCAUGAAUAAGACCCCAAUAGAGCUAUAUAAACCUGAGGUACCUCAAGGGGAAUUGACCCAACUGAUGUUGCCACUUCCACCUCAAAAAAUACUGGAAAUCAGCAAUGUGUUUAACAGAGGAAGCUCUCCAGUUCCUUCAAAUAACUUACUUUCUACAAAUGGGGAAAGCCUGGAACCCCGAAAUAGGGUCUUUCAGAAAAAAAUAUCAAGUAGUCUAGAAGACUUGCAAAGUGAAUCUCUGGAAAAGCAUGUUGAUGAGAAGCCAGUAGAACGUGAUAUAGAACAAGAGGAAAGCAAAUCACAUGUGAAAAGCAGCAAGUACCAGACUUUGCCAGGGAAGCUUCUUCGCCCUGCACAUAACGGUGAUGAUGUGCCUGCUUCCCCGGAUGCAUGCUGUGUGAAUGGCAAUGAGGACAACAGCAUACUGAGCCUGAAUCGCGUCAGGAGUGUCAGUGCGCCAGUAUUAGGAGAUUCUGAGAAUAUGGAUGGUACAUUGGCUUCAGAUGAUCUUUCGCCCUUGUCAUCUGGAACAGAGUCAGGCGCACAGUCUCCACUAUCUCCAGAAAACAAAAAAAGCCCAAAAGGGAUAAAGAAAAUAUGGGGAAAAAUACGCAGGACUCAGUCUGGCAAUUUUCCAGGAGAGGAUCUGGGCUUGGUUGAGUUUCGGAGAGGUGGCCUCCGUGCAACAGCUGGCCCUAGGUUGUCUCGAUCAAAGGAAACCAAGGGGCAGAAGAGCGAUCAUAAUGCUCCCUUUGCCCAAUGGGGCAAUGAACGAGUUUGUAACUGGCUCGAAGACUUUGGUCUCGGUCAGUAUGUCAUUUUUGCACGGCAAUGGAUAACAUCUGGCCAUACGCUUUUAACAGCGACACCACAGGAUAUGGAAAAGGAGCUUGGCAUAAAACAUCCUCUGCACAGGAAGAAAUUGGUUUUGGCUGUUAAAGCUAUAAACACAAAACAAGAUGAUAAAUCUGCGCUGCUAGAUCAUCUUUGGGUGACACGGUGGCUUGAUGACAUAGGUCUACCUCAGUACAAAGACCAGUUUCAUGAAUCCAGAGUCGAUGGCAGGAUGCUGCAAUAUCUGACGGUGAAUGACCUCCUAUUCCUCAAGGUCACCAGCCAGCUGCAUCAUCUCAGUAUAAAGUGUGCCAUUCAUGUGUUGCAUGUGAAUAGUUUUAACCCUCACUGUCUACGGAGGAGGCCAGCAGAUGAGAAUAACAUUUCACCAUCUGAAGUUGUUCAGUGGUCCAAUCACAGAGUGAUGGAGUGGCUUAGAUCUGUAGAUCUGGCAGAAUACGCACCCAACCUUCGAGGAAGUGGAGUUCAUGGUGGCCUCAUUAUCCUUGAACCUCGUUUCAACGGUGACACUCUAGCAAUGCUUCUCAACAUUCCUCCUCAAAAGACGCUGCUAAGACGCCAUUUAACCACUAACUUCAACGUGCUAAUUGGACCAGAGGCACAGCAAGAGAAACAGGAAAUAAUGGAAUCUACUGCUUACACUCCUCUGACUACCACUGCUAAAGUUCGGCCAAAGAAACUUGGAUUUUCACAUUUUGGAAACUUAAGAAAAAAGAAAUUUGACGAAUCUACAGAUUACAUUUGUCCUAUGGAUGCAAAUCUAAAUACAACCAAUGGAACUCAGAAGAGCUAUGGUGCAUACAAAGUACAUAAUGUGCUCCCUGACAAAGAAUUAGAUAAACUGGAUCAGAUGGAACAUUCUGAAGGGACAGUAAUGCAAAUAGGGGAACUUUCUCAAGGAAUAAACAACCUCACGACUAUGUUAAGCCAAGAUCAGAUGCUGAACGAUGAUAGAUUUUUAACAUCAACUUUUGACGAGUGGAGAUGAAGAUUCCAUGUGACCAACACCACUCUAAUACCUUGACUGAUUUUUAGAGAAAUGGCUGGUACAGGCUGGGUGCUAUAUUUAAGAAUCUGCCACUGAAACUUAAAGCAUUUAAAUGCUUGUUCUCAUGUACCAAGUAAGGAUUAAAA